AAUGGUACUGCAACUGUCACUAAAUUUAAUAAAGGAUUACGAAGCCUAGCUUCACCAGAGCACCCAAUAGAAGUUCCCCAGAGCAUUGAUGAGAAACUCCUAAUAACCGUAGGACUUGGUUUAUUUCCCUGUCGAACUAAUGUGACCACCAACUAUCAAGGCCCUAAUAAUACCAGAAUAACUGCUAGUAUGAACAAUGUAUCUUUUGUCCUGCCACAUAUAGCCAUACUUCAAGCUUAUUAUUUUGGUAUUAAUGGUGUCUUUACCACUGAUUUUCCUUCAAACCCACCAAUUGUGUUUAAUUAUACAAGUGACAAUAUACCCAGAAGUCUUUGGUCACCAAUCACUGGAACAAAAGUUAAAGUGCUAAAUUAUAAUGCUAUAGUUCAGGUGGUGUUCCAAGCAAUGAAUAUCUUCCAGCCUGAUGACCAUCCAAUGCAUAUUCAUGGUUAUGAUUUUUAUGUUGUGGGAGAGGGAUUUGGUAACUACAAUGCUCGAACAUAUCCUCUCACAUUCAAUUUGGUUGAUCCACCAGAACGAAAUACUGUGGGAGUUCCUGUUAGUGGGUGGAUUGCUAUCAGAUUCAAAGCUGACAAUCCAGGUGUUUGGUUUGUGCACUGUCAUUUUGAUGAUCAUCUAACUUGGGGGUUGAAUAUGGCAUUCGUGGUGAAGAAUGGCCAUGGUCAUUUGGCAAGCUUGGAGCAGCCUCCUUCUAAACUCCCGAGAUGCUAGCUCCACAAACCAUGUCAUCUCAAUCAGUUAGUAGUUGUUAAUUUAACCACCACGACGCAAUAUUAUUGUAAUGACUAUUAUUUAACUAGUUAUUAAUAAUUGUAUUCAAUUGCAAAUUACAAAUUAGGAGUUUUAUUUUUUAAAGUAAAUUUGCAA